UCCGCUCCCGCGAUGGGAAAAGUUGGCGCCGCCGGCGGCUCCCCAGCCCGGCUGAGCGCGCUCCUCGCCGGCGCGGGGCUCUUGGUCCUCUGCGUCCCGGGCGCCUGCGGCGGCGGCUCCUGCUGCCCCCAGCUGCCUCCCGGCUCGGCCCCACGCUGGGCUCCGACCCCAGGGGGCUUCCUUCUCCAGGGGCCGCGAGACAGAGCUGCUGCCACGCCCCUGCCCCUCCUUGGGCGCCCCCUGUUCGCAGUGGCCCCCGGAGACCGAGCGCUGUCCCUGGAGCGGGCCCCUGGCACCGGGGCGUCCGUGGCGGUCGCCCCACGCUCUGGCCGGCGGAGACGGAGCGAAGCGGAUCCCGGCAAGGCAGAACGGGGAGAGGGCGCGAGUCGAAGCCCCCGGGGAGUGCUAAGGGAUGGAGGGCAGCAGGAACCUGGGACUUUGGAGCGGGACCCGGACAAAGCCACUCGCUUCCGGAUGGAGGAGUUGAGACUGACCAGCACCACGUUCCCGCUGACAGGCGACUCCGCACACAACCAAGCCAUGGUCCACUGGUCUGGCCACAACAGCAGUGUGAUUCUCAUUUUGACAAAGCUCUAUGACUAUAACCUGGGGAGCAUCACUGAGAGCUCGCUUUGGAGGUCAACUGAUUAUGGAACGACUUACGAGAAGCUGAAUGAUAAAGUUGGGCUGAAAACAAUUCUAAGCUAUCUCUACGUGUGUCCUACCAACAAGCGUAAGAUUAUGUUACUCACAGACCCGGAGAUCGAGAGCAGCUUACUCAUCAGCUCCGAUGAGGGGGCCACCUAUCAAAAGUACCGGCUCAACUUCUACAUCCAAAGCUUGCUUUUCCACCCCAAGCAGGAGGACUGGAUUCUGGCAUACAGCCAAGACCAGAAGUUAUACAGCUCUGCUGAAUUUGGGAGAAGGUGGCAGCUUAUCCAGGAAGGGGUCGUACCUAACAGGUUCUACUGGUCUGUGAUGGGGUCAAAUAAGGAACCAGAUCUUGUGCAUCUCGAGGCCAGGACUGUAGAUGGUCAUUCACAAUACCUGACUUGCCGAAUGCAGAACUGCACAGAGGCCAACAGAAAUAAACCUUUCCCAGGCUACAUUGACCCAGACUCUUUGAUUGUCCAGGAUGAUUAUGUGUUUGUUCAGCUGACAUCAGGAGGACGGCCACAUUACUACGUGUCCUACCGAAGGAAUGCGUUUGCCCAGAUGAAGCUGCCCAAAUAUGCUUUGCCCAAGGACAUGCAUGUCAUCAGCACGGAUGAGAAUCAAGUGUUUGCAGCGGUUCAAGAAUGGAACCAAAAUGACACCUACAACCUCUAUAUCUCAGACACCCGUGGGGUCUAUUUUACACUGGCCUUGGAGAACGUUCAGAGCAGCAGGGGUCCAGAGGGCAACAUCAUGAUCGACCUCUAUGAGGUAGCAGGGAUAAAGGGAAUGUUCUUGGCUAACAAGAAGAUUGACAACCAAGUGAAGACUUUCAUCACGUACAACAAAGGCCGAGACUGGCGUUUGCUACAGGCACCGGACACGGAUCUAAGGGGGGACCCUGUGCACUGCUUACUGCCCUAUUGUUCACUACACCUUCACCUUAAGGUCUCUGAGAAUCCCUACACAUCAGGGAUCAUUGCCAGCCGAGACACAGCGCCCAGCAUCAUAGUGGCUUCAGGUAAUAUAGGUUCUGAAUUAUCAGACAGCGACAUCAGCAUGUUUGUCUCAUCAGACGCAGGGAACACCUGGAGGCAGAUCUUUGAAGAGGAGCACAGUGUUUUAUAUCUGGACCAGGGUGGAGUCCUGGUGGCUAUGAAGCACACGUCACUCCCGAUUCGACAUCUCUGGUUGAGUUUUGAUGAAGGGAGAUCUUGGAGCAAGUACAGUUUCACAUCUAUUCCACUUUUUGUGGAUGGGGUUCUGGGUGAGCCUGGGGAGGAGACUCUAAUCAUGACCGUGUUUGGACACUUCAGCCACCGCUCCGAAUGGCAGCUGGUCAAGGUGGACUACAAGUCCAUUUUCGACCGACGGUGUGCCGAGGAAGACUACAGACCCUGGCAGCUGCACAGCCAGGGGGAAGCAUGCAUCAUGGGAGCAAAAAGGAUAUACAAGAAACGAAAAUCAGAGCGUAAGUGUAUGCAAGGGAAGUAUGCAGGAGCUAUGGAAUCUGAACCCUGUGUCUGCACAGAGGCUGAUUUUGACUGUGACUAUGGGUAUGAGCGACACAGCAAUGGUCAGUGUCUGCCAGCAUUUUGGUUCAACCCGUCUUCUCUGUCAAAGGACUGCAGCUUAGGACAGAGUUAUCUCAACAGUACUGGGUAUAGGAAAGUGGUUUCCAAUAACUGCACAGACGGAGUGCGAGAGCAGUACACCGCCAAACCGCAGAAGUGUCCCGGGAAGGCCCCGCGGGGGCUGCGCAUCGUGACCGCGGACGGAAAGUUGACAGCGGAGCAAGGGCACAACGUUACUCUCAUGGUGCAGCUGGAAGAGGGUGACGUCCAGAGGACACUCAUCCAAGUGGACUUCGGUGACGGCAUUGCGGUGUCUUACGUCAACCUCAGCUCCAUGGAGGACGGGAUCAAACACGUCUAUCACAACGUGGGCAUCUUCCGAGUGACGGUGCAGGUGGACAACAGUCUGGGCUCUGACAGCGCCGUCCUGUACUUACAUGUAACUUGUCCCCUGGAACACGUACACCUGUCUCUUCCUUUCGUCACCACAAAGAACAAAGAGGUCAAUGCAACGGCAGUGCUGUGGCCCAGCCAAGUGGGCACCCUCACUUACGUGUGGUGGUAUGGAAAUAACACGGAGCCUCUGAUCACCUUGGAGGGGAGCAUAUCAUUCAAGUUUACUUCUGAGGGGAUGAACACCAUCACAGUGCAGGUCUCAGCUGGGAAUGCCAUCCUGCAGGACACGAAGACCAUCGCAGUGUACGAGGAAUUCCGAUCCCUUCGCCUGUCCUUCUCUCCGAACCUGGAUGACUACAACCCAGAUAUCCCCGAGUGGAGGAGGGACAUCAGCCGAGUCAUCAAAAAAUCCCUGGUGGAAGCCACAGGCAUCCCAUCCCAGCACAUCCUGGUGGCGGUGCUCCCUGGCUUGCCCACCGCGGCGGAGCUCUUUGUCUUGCCCUAUCAGGAUCCAACGGGAGAAAACAAACAGUCGGCUGAGGACCUGGAGCAGAUAUCAGAACUGCUGAUCCACAAGCUCAACCAGAACUCGGUGCACUUUGAGCUGAAGCCCGGGGUCCAAAUCCUUGUCCACGCAGCCCACUUAACAGCAGCCCCGCUGGUGGACCUCACUCCAACCCACAGUGGAUCCGCCAUGCUGAUGCUGCUCUCGGUGGUGUUCGUGGGGCUGGCCGUGUUUGUCAUCUACAAGUUUAAAAGGAGAGUAGCUUUACCCUCCCCUCCCUCCCCUUCUACUCAACCUGGUGACUCAUCUCUCCGAUUGCAAAGAGCAAGACACGCCACUCCACCUCCAACGCCAAAGCGGGGAUCUGCUGGGGCACAAUUUGCAAUUUAAGGAAAACCCCCAAAGGCUACAGGCGACCUGCUGAUCAGGAAAGAAUUUCGCUCUUGUCAAGUGCACCAUCCUUCCUGACCACUAACUCUAUGUUUUUUUUCUUUCCUUUGUUGUUCUGUUUCCUAUUUUGCCAGGAAGUAUUUCCAUAGUUGCUGAGAAUCAAAGCACAAAAGAAAUCCCUACCUAUGUAAAUGUUUGAAUGGAG